CUUUAAGUGUUUUAUAUCAACGAUCUUAGGGUUUUUUUUCGAAACAAAAACAGCAAACUGAUCUUUUCAGUACUUGUCAUGGCAAAUGUUUGAGAAUAAUUUAGAGUUAUCUCCCUUACACCAAUUCCUGGCCACAAAGUUGUCCACGACUGGAAUAUUAUCUCGACUGAAAUCGUGUGGACUUUGUGUUCUGCUCGAGUAGAGCAUGGCUGAAGUUCUGAAAGUCACUCAAGGCCUGCUUUCGACAGUUUACAGUUACAUUCCCGGACUGCCAUCAUCUAAGGAGAUCGAAAAAGUGAUAGUCCGAGAGAUUGAAAUGGCUCGACCCAACGCAUUUUAUCGCCUCGCCGGCUUGUCAGGCGCUAUUGCCGUGGCAAUGGGAGCAUACGGGGCUCACGUUUUCCGUCCCAGUUAUGCUGACGAAAGAUUAAAAGACACGUUCAGAACUGGUUACAUGAUUCAUCUGGUCCACUCCGUCGCUCUGAUGGGCACCCCCAUGGCUCGCAGACCUGUGUUGGUGGGCUCGCUGAUGACGGUGGGCACACUGCUGUUCUCCGGGAGUUGCUACUACCAUGCCUUGAGCGGCAACACAUCUGUCCGGUACAUCACUCCUUACGGUGGCAUGAUGAUCAUCUGCGCCUGGCUGGCCAUGACAUUGUAGCCCAACCCAGCCUGCAUGCCCCCACAGCCCCACAGCCCCACACACCACACAAACCUGCAACCCCAACACCCCAAACACCCACACACACAUCCAACACACAUCCACACACCCACACCCCAACACCCUCACUCUGACAGUGCAAAGGAAAUGGUGACAGCUCCGUUGUUAAGAAAGAAGAAAUGUUCAGAGGAAAAUGUCAUUUUCAUUAUGCCUUGCAGCAAAAAGUGCUUUUAGAUUGUGAAGAGUAACUAUAUUUGUGAUUUUGUUUGUUGGAUUCAGUAAUUUGUUAGUGAUGUGCCAAAAGGAUUUCAUCUAAUUAAAGUCAGUCUCAGAGUCUGAAUUCAAAUUUGUUUGAAGAAAGUGACAUUUCAUUGAAGGCAAUUGUUUAUUGAUGCAUAUAUAGGUUGUUAUUUGCUAACAUUGACAUUUUGAUGUCAUGGCUGUACAUGUCCAUUUGACACAUAUUAUAGUAUUGCCAUGCUGGGAAACUUUUCAAUAAGAUGUUUGCAGUACCGGUAGAUUGAAUUACCUAAAGUGUUUUAUUAAUGAGUAAUAAGAACUGAAACUGAAAGACGGAGUAAAUAAUGGAUGGCGAGAUGUCGUCCUUGUAAAGUUUGUAUGUUAUCAAAGGUUCAUUUCGAUAAGAAAUAAACAGAAAGUAAAUAG